CCGGGACUCUAGCUGCACAGCCACAGCGGACCGGGGACCAGGGGGCUGCGCAGCCCGGCCCCCGACCCCACCUGCGGACUCCGAGGGCAAAGGGGAAGCCGCAGCCGGGCCCCGCCCCGGACGGCGUGGCCCGCUAUGCUGAGCCCACCGCUCUAGGGGCUCAGAGCCGAAUGCUGCGUCGCCUCAAGUCCGGCUCCUCGAGUGUUGGCGGAGCCCCGACUCGCGGACCGCGCCAGCGCCACAGGUCAGGCUUCUCCGCUGCAACUCCAACCCGGACUCGCGGACCCUGCCUCCGCCACCACCCGAGCCAUGAAGAUGCACUUCUGUAUUCCAGUGUCCCAGCAGCAGCCGGACGCGCUGGGGGGACGCUACACGCUGUACUCCGUGUACCUGGACGGGUUCCUAUUCUGCAGGGUGCGCUACAGCCAGCUGCAUCGUUGGAACGAACAGCUGAGACGGGUCUUUGGAAAUUGCCUGCCUCCUUUUCCACCAAAGUACUAUCUUGCGAUGACCACAUCUAUGGCGGAUGAGAGGAGGGACCAGUUGGAACAAUAUUUGCAAAAUGUAACCGUGGACCCAAACAUGUUGAGAAGUGAUGUCUUCGUUGAUUUUUUAAAACGGGUACAGCUGGACACGUUUAGCAUCACUACCAAGAAAGCCUCUCUGGACAUAUUUCUGCCUGACGGAAGGAGCAUUCAAGCUGAAAUUCUAACAUCAGACACUGUCGAAAGAGUCCUAGAGGUGGUGUCACACAAAAUUGGACUAUGUCGGGAGCUCUUGGGCUACUUCGGCCUAUUUCUCAUUCGGUUUUACAAGGAGGGCAAGCUGUCUGUCAUGAAAAAAUUGGCAGACUUUGAACUCCCUUAUGUGAGUCUUCGAAGUUCUGAAGUGGAAAACUGCAAGGUUGGACUCAGGAAGUGGUACAUGGACCCAUCCCUCGAUUCCAUGCUAAUGGACUGCAGAGCAGCGGUAAAGUUGAUCUAUAUGCAGGCAAUACAGGACAUUGAAAAAGAAUGGGCCAAACCGACCCAGUUGCAGCGGCAGAAAUUAGAGGCUCUCCAGAAAGAAGACAACCAAACAAAGUUUUUGGAGCUGUCCCAGGAGGUACAGCAUUAUGGAUACAUGCAGCUGGAUCCUUGUACCUGCGACUACCCGGAACCGGGCUGUGGGGCCGUUCUUUCUGUGGGCAAUAACGAGAUCAGCUGCUGCAUAACCCUGCCUAAUAACCAGACCCAGGACAUCAUUUUCCAGAUGAACAGAGUGAAGUGCUGGCAGGUCACUUUCCUUGGGACUCUGUUGGAUAUGGAUGGGCCCCAGCGAACUCUGAACCAGAACUUAGAGCUCAGAUUUCAGUAUAGCGAGAAUAGUCGCUGGCAGUGGUUUGUUAUUUACACCAAACAGGCUUUUUUGCUGAGUAGCUGCUUGAAAAAGAUGAUCUCAGAAAAGAUGGUAAAGCAAGCAGCAGAGAAUCCAGAAAUGCAGAUUGAAGUUCCGGAACAAGGCAAAAGUAAAAAAUACCACAUUCAACAAAGUCAACAAAGUCAGUCGCAGAAAAAUUAUUCUAGUUUUCGACCAAGAAAAAGCAAGAUUAAGAUAGCUGAAGUUGACUGUGUUUUGGGGACCAUAAAGGAAGAAGGUCUUUGAAGAGAAAGUCUCACAUUUUAAAAUGUCCUCUAUGGCUGUCUUGACAGUGAAAGAGACUGUAAAGGAGUAAAGUGUGCUUCCUACCAUCAAUGAAAGAAAUUUGACACCUUCACAAUUUUUGUGUGACAUUAAGAUGGACCAUAUUCAUCAAGACUCCUGCAGAACUUUGCUAAUCUCAAGAAGAAAAAGAUAUAUGAGCCAAAGUUGUACAGCUUGUUUUUGAUGACUCAUAAAUGACAAGUGGAAAAUCUGAAUCAAUUAAUAUGAAGCUUGUUCUUCCCCACGCCCACUCCAAUAGAUGUUUACCUGGCUUCAUGAAAUCUUUUAUAUGUUCUGAUAGCACAUGAAUGAAAGGCUCAGUAUAAAACACUGUAAGGGCAUUUGGAGUUGAGUUCUGAAGACAUGACUCAUCAGCUGAGGAAAAUGUGACUCUAAGAAAUGGAAUAAUUGAAAAUGAAAUCUGGGCUUCACUGAUCCAUCCACAGCACCAGAACAAGAAGGGAAUGAAGUACUGAUUAGUUUCCUUGCAUAAUUCUGGGCCUACCAAUAUGCAUAUACUCAAGGUAAUAGGCUGCCCAGGUCUCUGCUUCUCCACUGUUGUAAUUGUAUUCUGUCCUCAGGAUACUGAAUUCAGUUCAAUAAUCAUCAUGCUAUGUGUAUUUUGAAUAUUUUUGUUUUGAAAAGCUACGGGGCCCUGCACUUGAUAUCAGAUACCUUACACAUCUCUUAGCUUUAAAAAUAUGUAUGUUUUUUCGCUAGAUUUUCCUUAUCCAAAUUCAGUUUAUCAUGAUAAUUAACUAUAUGUAGAAUUAAGACUGGAGUAAGGGAGAAGGGCAGAAGAAUGUAUGUAAUGUAA